AGCGUACAUGAUCAUGGAUACAUAACAUGUGGUGGUCGGUCUCCGUAAAAGGCAAUGGAUUGAAAAGUCCAUCUCGUGACGCAUUUAUUUAUUUAAAUAGACUUUAUAGUUGUGAUCGAAGCGAGAAAAGGGUCCAGCAAGGCUGGUAACUUUCACUUCAGUGGCAGCUGAAGAGAAAGGGAAAGGAGUUGCCGAUUUCGUAAAGUGGCGAAAGAUGAAAUGUCACUGCGUGUUGUGUUAGUAGUAUGGCUUUUAGUAUAGUAUAACGGAUCGCUGAAAAACAGCCGUCCGGCCGGGAUUGGCACCUACGGUCCAGGUCAACUGCAAAAAAUAAAGCAGAGCGCAGAAGAGCUCUGGAGCGCUGCCAGUGCGGUGCUUUCUGUUUACUGGGCACGUCAUUGAUUUUGAGAUCACCGUCCAAAUAGUCAAUAGAAGAGUAUUUUUAACAUGUUCAUUUUCUCCUUGGCUGUCUUCUUUUCAUUUUAAUAAUGUGAAUCGCGUGGGUUGGGCGUUUUAUGCUGAAUCACUGUGAGUUUGGCAGUUAUUCCUACAGACUUUGGUUUUUAAAACACACCUCUCACUUCUGCUUCGAGGUGCCCCGCCUCCGUUUUCCGAUGGCACUGCCCUCCUCUUCGGAGCGACUCGGGAAAGAUCGACCAGCCUUGUCGCCUGCCUGUCGUCUCGGCGAGUUGCAGCCCACCCGGACGGCGGGGGUCCUGCGCGUAGGUCGUUGGAAAACUGACGAAAGGCGUCGUGGUGGUGCUGAGUCAUUAUCUGUUCAGAACCGGCUUCUCUCUUUUCUUUUUCCAUUUUUGAAGUCAACUUUGAAGCCGCCCACCAAACAUAGCCUCGUGCGCAUGGAUAAAUAGAACGGCGAUUAUUUUAUACGUGGGAAAACUGCAGAGCGCUGAAACGUUUAAAAUUAGCGCACGCGGAGCCGAGGCUGGCGGCAGCCAAUCCUGGACGGGACGGCACGGCACGGCAGUUGAGUGUUUUGCAAGAUUAAUUAGAAACAGCUUAUUUAAAGAAAGGAAGAAUUGCACAAUACUGAAUGCUGUCAGCAUAUAUCCUUGGGGGUUUAGAUCGUGUAAAGUAAAUAAACGUAUUGGGACAGCAGAAGCAAGCAACGAAAAAUGACUAGCGACAGCAGAUCCAGCAAAGCACUACAGGUGAAGAGCGAGUCUGGGGAGAACGUACCCAUCCUUUCAGAUGAUCAGCUGAUGUCCCUGACUGUACGAGAGCUGAACCACCACUUGCGGGGCUUGUCGAAAGAGGAGGUCCUUCGGCUAAAGCAGCGUCGUCGUACUCUAAAGAAUCGAGGCUACGCAGCAAGCUGUCGGGUGAAGCGGGUCUCCCAGAAGGAAGCGCUGGAGCAGCAGAAGCAGGAACUGCAGCAUGAGGUGCAGCGGCUCAGCUGGGAGAAUGCCAGUAUGCGCCAGGAGCUGGAUGACCUCAACGCCCGAUUUGAAGCCCUGCAGAGGUUUGCACGCUCUGUGGCACAUGGGCCAGUUACGCCACAUAAAGUGAACAGCACCAGUGUCAUCACCAUUGUCAAGUCAGGAGUGCAGCAGAACUCUUAGGAUGAGAUGACAAGAGUGGGCUUGGGGAAGGGGUGGGUGGGGUGACCAGAAGAGAAAGUGUGAAUGAGAGGAAUCUCCAUGGCAAGGUGUUUCCAGGUAGUGGUUGAACACACUGUACUAGACGUUGCUAGCCAAGUAAAUGGCAUUUUUCUGGCUACAGAAAGUGAAUUCACUUCCUUAGCUUAUCCUAUGAAUGUUUUUUCCCUCUGUUAGAAAGCCCUUCCCACCCAAGAAAUACUUCAUUUGGCCGAAUUGCCCCAGAUAUUUUUGAAAGAGUUGUUAAGGACUUGUGGGAUUACAAAGUGACGUCUGAUGAAUAAAAUGGCAACUGUAUUCUAGCCAACCUACACAAAAUGAACUAUAACUAAUCCAGAGAAAGACAAGAUGCCAUCUGCUGUAGGAAAACUAAAUGACAAAGGGAUGUGACUAAAAGUGCCAGGUCUGUUUUGAAAAGGCUUGGCAAACGCUCCCUGCUGUAUCGGCUUUGCCUUUAGACAAUAGAAGGGUGUCUGUCUUUAGCAUUCUGAGAUCAGUUCUUGUGUGUCUGUUUGUGACAAAAAAUAGAAACAAAAGACAAAAGGUUGCAGGUUUUAGUUUGACCCUCUGAUAUAAAGAAACAAAAAGGAGCUGCUUGUAGCUGUGCAGCCUUAGAAUCUAGACUGUUGUGCCGAGUUGUUGUUAACAUUCUUACAGUGCAUUAUGUUGUGCAACAAACAGGAAUCACUAUUGCCAAGAAGCAGGUAUCCAUUUUACCAUCCCUUAUCUACUGUUCAAACUUGUACUGCUAGAUUAAUCAAUAGUCAACGCUAAAUUGGCUUAUUGUGAGCGGCAAGAUAUUUUUACCCUCUAUGACAAAUACAAUUUGUAAUGGGGCUGCUUUAUUUGUCACAUUCCUUUAUAUUGCAAUAAAUAUGGUAAUAUCGAAUGUAGGCACAUUUAGCUCUUUGAGGUUCAGGCUGAUUAUCAGAAAGAAAACAGAACACAACUACUUUACAAAUUCUUAUAUUUUGUGCACUUUGACUCAUUUUAAAUGAUUUAUGAAAAUAUUAAAAAUGUCUGAAUGAAAACUUAAUCAAUUCUACCAAAAGUUUCAGGAUGAAAUUAAAGCCCUUAAAGACGAAACAAAUGAUGCACACAACACAUGUUCACACUAGUAGGCAUUAUUUUUUGCGUAUCAUUAACUCCUUUUAAAUUUCUAAAUUUAAACAUGCCCACUAUUUCCCAGCACUCUCAGUGUGAUGUAGCCCUAUACCGUAUAUUCUACACAAACCUUUGACUAUAUUUACAUUUUCAGCUAAUUUGGAUUCCUUGUCACAUACAAGACUUGUCUAUUAUUUUUCUGUACCCUACUCCGACUUAUGAGGUCUGGAGCCUAUCUUAGAAACUUCAGAUGCAAGGCUGCCAGUCCAUUAUGGGGCCAAUUUACAAUUACCAAUUAAAAAACCACUGAUUCAUUAAGUUCUCUUUAACAUACACUAAAUCUAAUUAAGAAUAGGAAAUGCGAUCAUUCUACUACAGUUGAAACACACUGUUCAGCUGAACAAACACAGGAGAGAAUGUCUUAAUGUGCAAGAGUGAGGUACUAAAAUAAAUUCUAACCAAGUGACUGUCACUGGCUAAAAGGGCACAUUUUGACACAACUAACAAACAAACUACUUUAUAAAAAAAAAAAAAAAGUUUUCAUAGUUUUAUGAUUGAACUCAUUGUUGAGACUGAAAGACGUGGCUCAGAAGGCCUGGAAUGAGUUAAAGCAUAGAAUGCCAUGCACUGUUUCUCUGCCUCUAACUAAUGUAAUUUAACAAAUUAUUUAUUCAUUUAUUUUCAAUCAUGCAAAAUGGAGUGAAAAGAAAAUAGAAAUAAAAUCCCAAAAUGCACCUUUAGAAAACAACUCACACAAACAACAGUGCCAUUACGUAAUCCGGCAAGGCUCUGCUGACCCCUGCUGGUCAAUCCAGUGUGUUCAUCACCUCUCAGAGAUGAGCUGGAGAUUCCUCAGCCCCGGUGUGUAUGAGUUAUCUGUGUUCUCCUGCCGGCCAACUUUGCUAGAGGAAGAUGCAUCGGCGGUGGUGGACACGUUAACAGUAUCAGCGUCAGUUCAUUUUAGUCUGAACAAGGGUGCAAGUGUUAGAUCUUUAUACCCCCAAACCACUGCCCCAAACAGGAAAAAACAAAAAAAUGUGGAUUAACAUUGCUGUCAUUGGUCCUUUCCUUUUACGUGAGGGGAGGCCCAUUUUGUUCUGUGCGUGUUUUUUCAAUUUUUUUUUUUAUUUCUAUUUUUAUAAAUGGACAAUUUGUGAAUACAAGAUGAUUUCAGCACUAAAGCAAACUCUCUGUAACAGAUGAUCUAAAACCCACAACACCUUUUAUCAUUCAAUAGCAGGUAGAUGGUUGUUACUUAUAAGAUAAGACAUUAUUUAUUAUAUAAAUCCGAGUCUAUGGCAUUAAAGGAUAAAAAUGAUCUUUCUGGAUACAGCAGUUUCUUCAUCAAAUUAAUUCCUAGUAAGGUGUUUUGCUUUGAGGUUCUUUCAUUUUAAUUAUUUGUAGAGAAUCAUCCUGGUUUUUAUUUGUAGUUUGCUGUGCAAAAGAAGAAAAAAAAGACGAAAAAAAGAAAAACGUUUCGAUUCUGAUGCAGCUUGUGCCGUAUGCUAUUUGUGCUUCUGGCGCUUUGAAGCCUCACAAUCGUUUUACAGUAAGAUUUAGAACUUUUUGGUUUCUGUUUUUGACGAGGCCGAUUAGACAUCGGUAGCAGGAAGCCCUUAAAAACGGUAAAACAUUUAUAUAUAUAUUUAUGUACAGAGGGAAAUUAAAAAUAUUUAUAGACUUGCUUCUACAUAGAGCACUUGCAACCAAUGGCAAAUUAGGUAUGGGUGCAGAAUGAACGUUUAAACUUUUCCACUGGGCCCUUAUGAGUUCUCGAGGUAACUGCUCAUUUGGCCUGUGCUCAGUUUUUUAGCUGUUUGUGUUUUUUGUAUCUUUUGUGCUGCUCUUCUCAAAUGUUAUCAGUUGCCAUUCCUUUUGAAAGGUGUUAUAAAAGAGACAUUUUCUUGUAGUAGGUGAUGAUUUCGUUUUGUUGAUGGCUCUCCAGAGGUUUAGUAGAAUUUCUAGGGAUGUGCACGGUUCGAAGUCGGGUGUUGUAUGAAGGUUGAGGCAAGUGAAGUGAUGGUAGAGAGGAUGAUGGGAGAGAUGAAGAAUAAGGUGGGUUUAGUUAAGGAAGUGGCCACAAAGUGUUUUAGAUGCAGGGAAUCAAAAGGACACUGGAAAGGGGGUUUCAGACUCUGUCUUUGGUAAGGCUUAAACAUUUACAUAUAUAUUUUUUGAAAAGUCUUAUUUUUGGGAUAGUAUAAACACAUUUUGAUCAAAAUCUGUUAGAAGAGGACACAACAAUUGGCCCAAAUAAUUGCCUAAAACUCGGUGCAGUUUCAGGAAGGUGAUAUUUGCUUAUACAACAAGGGUCUCUGGGUAGGUGCCGCUGUUUCAAACUUUCACCACUUGGUGGCACUCCUUAGGUGUUUGGCUGUAAGUAGCACGCAAACUGCCAGUCAGUUCAAUUUAUUGUCACUGUAGUUACAGCACAAUGAAAUGAAGGGUUGGAGGUGGGAGAAACAUGAAGCAACAAUAGCAUACGAUUUUUAGACCCCCUCACUUGUGGUUGCAUUAUAUACCCAUGCUGCGCUACUCGCCAUAUUCAUCUGGUAGGUUUUAUUUAUGAAUAAAUGUCUAGAGCUGUUAAUACCGCCUUGGGUUUCUGAUGUAAACAAGCCCGGUCUGCUUAAAUGUUGAAAUCUUGCCAUUGAGUUCAGCAUAGGAAAUCUUUCUAGUUUCCUUUUGAAUAGUCUGUUUUCCGAAGAUUCUUUUUAUUAACAUGUUAAAUUAAUUGAUUUUUUUUUUCAAUGCAAUGAAAUUAUUUUCUUAUCUGGAUCUUAUCACCAGUUGUUAUGUAUAUGUUUAUGUCUAUCAGGUGUUCACAACAUACAUAAUAUAUUGUAUCUAGAGAAUUAUAUAGAGAGAGUUAAAAUAAAGUGGAACAGCAAUAAGGAGCAAAGGCCUACAGCCCGGUGGUAUCAAAUACACUUCUAUUUAGUCAAAAAUGUCAGCCCAGCCCAGGAAGCUUUUUUAACAGCUUUUGUUUCUUAAUAUAUUUGUGUACCUUUUUGUUUUGAUUCUUAUUUAAAGGAUUGGACAGUACUGGAAAAGGAAAAAAAAAAAAAAGAUAAAAGCCGUUGGUUGGAGGCAACAAAUCUGGCCAGUGCCGUUAAGGAUUAGUGUUGUCUUUGCUCCAUUCUCAAAUGUACCACGUCUAAUUUUUAUACCGUGAUUUUUAUUCUAAUUUAAUGUUUGUGUCACAGCUUUUGACUACAUAUAUAUAUUAUAUAUAUAUAAAAAUAUAGAAGAAAAAAGUGCUCAGAUGUUAUCUUUUAAUAAUGUGAUGUUAUGUGUUGCAAUAGCUUUGAACUGUGCCUAUUUAUUACAUUUUUUAAUGUGACUUUUUAUAAUAAUAAAAAAUAUACACUGCA